UUAACCUCCUGCAGCCUGCAUCAGCUGACUGAUCCGUCUCACCAGGGUUACAGCACAUUGGGAUAUUUCGGUCAUGGCCGAGAGUCUUGGUUCCCCGAGUCGUGGCAACCUGAGUCCUGAGGGGAUUUUGAGAGAUAUCCAGAUCAACUUGCUGGAGUGUAAAGUCUGCUUCGAGAAGUUCAGCACUCAGCAGAAGGAGCGCAAACCACAGAACCUCUCCUGUGGCCAUGUACUCUGUCUGGAAUGCAUCAGGGCUCUGUCCCACCCUCUCCUGAGGAAGCUGGAGUGCCCGUUCUGUCGACAGCUGUGCAGUGUUGACAGCACCUCCCACUGCCAGGCUCUUAGUGACCUGCAGGAGCUGCUGUUGUCCCGGACUCCCCCAUCAUCUUCUGCUCCUCAAAGGGCAAAGGCAGGCCUUGGCUUGGAUGCAAGUCUAACAUCCACAGCUCCGCGCCUCUGUACAGCUUUUGGAGGGUGGGGGACUCUUAUCAAUCCCACUGGCAUAGCCGUUUUGGGAUCGUCAGGGACGAUAGUGGUGGUGCAUGAUGGAGAGAAGAGGGUGGCGGUGUUCAGUCCACAGGGCAGAAAGCUGCACAGUUUUGGGAGAAGAGGACAAGGCAGUGGGGAGAUAUGUUUUCCUGUGGAUGUGGCGGUGACUCCCUGUGGUCACCUGGUGGUUACUGAUGCAGGGGAUAAAGCUGUGAAGGUCUUCACCUCCAGGGGUAAUCAUGUUUUGACGGUCAAAGAUUCCUUCCAGAUGCCCUGGGGUGUGGACACAAACAGCUGUGGGCACAUCCUGGUCUCAGACAUCAAGGUCGGCACGUUGUCCCAGUUAAAAGUUGACUAUACUCGAGGCCUCGCUCUAGAGCAUCAAACAGCCAUUGCAGACCUGCAGCAUCCGAGAGCGGUGGCCUGCUGUUGGGUGACUGGGAACACUGCAGUGAUGGAGCAUUUAACUGAUGACACAUAUCCACCAGGGAGGCACCAACACACGAGGCUAAGAGUUUUUACAAAAGACUUUCACCUCCUUUAUCAGACUGACAGUUUCAGCCUGACCCUGCAGUUCCCAGUGAGGCUCCACAUGUCGGGCGUGGCCUUUGACGAAGAUGGAGGUGUGAUUGUGAUUGACUCCAAUCAGGGGAUGAUUUGGAGUUUGGGGAAGCUCCAGAAUGGCCCAGCCCUGACCCCACUUGUGGGAGAUCACCUCAUCCGUCCAGUUGGACUUGUGUCACUGAACAACACCCUUGUCGUUCUGGACAGUGGAGACCAUACUGUGAAGAGUUUUUCUGCUAAAUAUGAAGCUGGGCCCAUGAUAUAGCUCACAUAUGAUGA